AACGUUUUCUUCUCUUUGUUUCACUGGAAAGUUCCUGAUGAACAAACCGAGCGGACCCUGGACUAAAAGACCCGGGUCAGAGCCGCUAAUACCGGACUGCAGGGGGAUUUAACCCGGACUAAACCCGGAUUUAACCCGGAUUAAAAACGGAUUAAAAACGGAUUAAAAACGGAUUAGAGGCGGUGGAGCAGCGGCAUUUAGUUUGGGGUCCAGCUGAGUGUGUGAGAGAGUGUGUGUGUCUGUGUCUGUGUGUGUGUGUGUGUGUGUGUGUGUGUGUGUGUGUGUGUGUGUGUGUGUGUGUGUGUGUGUGUGUGUGUGUGUGUGUGUGUGUGUGUGUGGAGUUUGGAUCGGAACAUGGGCUGGUAGUUUCGGGGGGGGGCUGAUGGACCCUCGCGCCUCUCUCUGAUCUCAUGAUGCGCGCAAUGGACUGCGCGCGCCCGCUGCUGCUGCUGCUGCUCGCGCUGUGGACCUGCGCGGACGCACGGAGCGCGAUCCCGCAGCGCGCGUCCUACAGCCUGUACUCCGGAGGGCACGCGCAGGGAGCUCGCGCCGCCAGCAGACACAGGAACUGGUGUGCGUUCGUGGUGACAAAGACGGUGAGCUGUGUGGUGGAGGACGGAGUGGAGACCUACGUGAAGCCAGAGUAUCAUCCCUGUGGGUGGGGGGGGCAGUGCAGCAGGGCAGUGCUGUACCGGACCUUCAUGAGGCCGCGGUACAAAGUCGCCUACAAGAUGGCCACGGCGCUGGAGUGGAAGUGUUGCCAUGGUUACAGCGGGUUGGACUGUGGCGAGGGUCCGGGAUCAGGACCGUCACCGGGCGGGGGGGCGGGAUCUACAUCCAGACCCACUGGAGGACAAGCUGGUCGGGUAGAAGAUGAGAGGAUGAGACAGCUCGAGGAGAAGAUCCAGAGUCUGAACAAAAACCUGCAGGACCUCCAGGCCAGCCUAAACACCGGAGGAGGUCCUUCUUCAGGAGGUUCUUCUUCAGGAGGUUCUUCUUCAGGAGGUUCCUCUUCAGGAGGUUCCUCUUCAGGAGGUUCUUCUUCAGGCGGGAGGAACCCGGCGGACGCCGCUCAGCCGGAGAUUAAAGAGACCAUCCACAGCAUCCAGACCAAACUGGACCAGCUGGACAACCGCACACAGGCUCAUGAUAAAACGCUGGUCAGCAUCAACAACCACCUGGUGAACGGGAAGGGAGACGAGCUGGAGGCAGGUCCGUCCGGAGGGGGUCUGAGCGGGUGGAAGAUGGACUCCCUGAAAGCAGAGAUCCUCCAGGAGCUGGAGAGGAGGGUUUCGCUGUCCUGCUCCUCCUGUCAGGCCGGUGUGGAAGAUCUGCGCCGACAGCAGAGGGAGGGCCGCGAGCGCAUCGCAGCUCUGGAGAAGAAGCUCAGUGACACGGACUCUCGGUACCGCCAGAACCUGGACGGGCUGCAACGCGAAGUGGUGCGACUGCGGGGGUGCUGCGACACCAUGAACCACCUCCGAGACCGGGUCUCUGACGCUGAGCGGAAGAUCAGUUCGGCCUCCGAGAACCUGGACCUUCUACAGACUAGGCUGGACAAGGACCUCAGCGGGGGGGGAGGCAACACUGUGGACGGCGGCAGCAGAGGAUCAGGGGGCGGUGGGGGAUCAGGGGUUGGGGACCGGGGGGUAGUUGUGAUGGAGGGUCGACUGGACCACCGGCUGAAGGACCUGGAGCGGCGGGUCAACAGCACCGUGCAGAGGACUGAUAUCCUGGACAACCACCUGAGCGUGUUCCUUGACCGGUUUGAUGACCAGGCCUUCAGGGUCUCAGACGUGGAGCUGGAUGUGGGGCUGCUGAAGGACCAGCUGAGCCACCAAGACCAGAGGCUGAGGAACCUGGAGAACAUAAUGAACACCACGACCCGGAGGCUGGAGGACUGCAGCUGUGGAGGAUCAGAAGGUGGAGGAGGAUCUAGAGGAGGAGGAUCUACAGGAGGUGGAUCCACAGGAGAAGGGGGAUCUGAAGGAGGAGGGGGAUCUAGAGGAGGUGGAUCUACAGGAGGUGGAUCCACAGGAGAAGGGGGAUCUGAAGGAGGAGGGGGAUCUAGAGGAGGUGAAUCCACAGGAGGAGGAUCCACAGGAGGAGGACUAUCUGGGACAGGAGGUGGAUCUACAGGAGGAGGAUCCACAGGAGGAGGAUCCACAGGAGGAGGAUCCACAGGAGGAGGAUCCACAGGAGGUGGGUCUACAGGAGGUGGAUCUACAGGAGAAGGGGGAUCUGAAGGAGGAGGGGGAUCUAGAGGAGGUGAAUCCACAGGAGGAGGACUAUCUGGGACAGGAGGAGGAUCCACAGGAGGAGGAAGGACCACAGAGAAGUCUUUGGAGUGGAGAGUCGUCGCCAACGAGGAUCAGAUCCGACACUUCAACACAGAACUCAAAGACCUGUCGGUGUCUGGAGACUCUCUGCAGAACAAGGUUGUGGACCUGAGCCAUGAUGUUCAUCAGAUCAAGGCUCUGACCGGGGAUCACGGUGAGAACUUCAACCGCAUCGUGACGGAGGUGGAGAUGCUGGGCCACGACUGCGUGCUGUGCGGGAAGGUGGAGGACGAGCUGCGACGACUGAAGAACCUCUCCCAGGAUGCACUGGGGCUUAUGCAGAUCCACAUCAACAGACUGCAGACCCGGCUGGACUCCGGCAGAGAAGGAUGCUCCCAGAUGUGUUCACAACUGGAGGACGAUGUCCGCAUGCUGUGGGACGACGUCAGGAGGUGCAGCUGUCCGGGUACGACCACAGGUGGUGGUUCUGGUGGUUCUGGUGGUUCCGGAGGUUCUGGAGGUUCUGGUGGCUCCAUCAGACCCGGGUUGGGUGCUGAGAAGCCUUUAGAUGGCCACAGUGUGAUCGGAGGCUCGGUCAACAACAACCAGCUGAAGACGCUGCAGGCGGAGCUGUCGGAGGCCGUCCUGACCUUCCGCUCCAUCAACGACUCCCUGAAGGGGCUCCAGCACACGGUGCAGAAGCACGGCAGCGUCCUCACAGACCUCGGAAACACAAAGGACAAGAUCAUCUCUGAGCUGGACAAGAUCCAGCAGGAGGUGAGGGAGCACAUCGAGGAGAGCCAGGUCCGCCUGCAGGGGGUGGAGCAGGACGUCCGGCGGGUCGACAGCACCCUGCUGGUGGAGGUGGGUGACUGCAGGAGGUCCGGAGACGGGCUGGAGAAGAGGCUGUCCAAGCUGGAGGGCGUCUGCAGCCGGCUGGACGGCGUCUCCAUGUCCAUCCUCAACAUCAAGGAAGGUCUGAACCGACAUGUCUCCAGCUUGUGGACGUGUGUUUCUGGUCUGAAUGAGUCAGUGGUCCAUCACGGAGGAAUCUUGGACUACAUUCAGAAGAACCAGGAGGAUGUCUACAGCAGGAUGAAGAACCUGAACUCGAGCGUGAACCAGGUCUUCAAGGAGAUGCAGACCUCCUCGGAGCGAGACCUGAACAGCCUGCCAGGACCCCAAGGACCCCCAGGACCCUCCGGAGAGAGAGGCUUUAACGGGCUGCCGGGUCCCCGAGGGCCUCUGGGACCUCCAGGACGACCUGGAGAGACAGGGUCUCAUGGACGUCCCGGGGGUGACGCUCACGUUCCCAGACUGGCGUUCUCCGCUGCUCUUACGGUUCCCAUGGAGCGAGCCGGAACCAUCGUCUUUGAUAAGACCUUUGUCAACGAAGGAGAUUUCUACGACCCGAAGACAGGUGUGUUCACGGCCCCCGUAGACGGACACUACUUCUUCAGCGCCGUCCUGACGGGUUAUAAGAACGAGAAGAUCGAGGCGGUUCUGUCCAAGUCCAACUAUGGCAUGGCCCGGGUGGACUCGGGAGGCUACCAGCCCGAAGGCCUGGAGAACAACCCGGUGGCCGAGACCAGAACCCCCCCCGGGUCGCUGGCCGUGUUCAGCCUCAUCCUGCCGCUGCAGAGCCAGGACACGGUGUGCGUGGACCUGGUGACGGGGAGGCUGGCCCACUCUGCGGAGCCGCUCACCAUCUUCAGCGGCUCCCUGCUGUACGAGGACCGCUGAUCCAGACCUCGAUCCGGACCGCUGAUCCGGACCUUUGAUCCGGACCCCUGACCCGGACCUUUGAUCCGGACCCCUGACCCGGACCUUUGAUCCGGACCUUUGAUCCGGACCCCUGACCCGGACCUUUGAUCCGGACCUUUGAUCCGGACCCCUGACCCGGACCUUUGAUCCGGACCCCUGACCCAGAUCUUUGAUCCGGACCUUUGAUGAACUUCUGAUGAUGAUGAGGAGGGGGUGGGCGGAAAGAUGGACGCUUGUCGCCAUCCCCCCCCCAUGCAGACAACUCUGUCUUUAUAGAGACUUUAUUAAGAGAAGAGCAGAUGUUUUAAACAGAGCUGGGGUGGGGGGGGGAUCUGAUGAACUCUGUAGGAUGAUGAUGAGGAUGAUGAGGAGGACUGGGAGCUGGACAGAAAGAUGCCCCCCCCCAGACCACGCUGUCUUUAUAAAGACUUUAUAGAGGGAAAAGCAGCUCUGUAUUCCUGACCCUGUAAACAAACACAUUACAGUUUGAAGUUUUCUUCAACAGCAUAUACUCCAAGUAUUACAAAGUACUGCAGUACCUGAUGAAAUGAGAAACCUGCAGCGAUGUCACAGUUUUAAACUAAACACAGAUAUUUAAUCUGACGGUAAGAACUGGUUAUUAUGAAUGAAGUAUUUUAUCUCAGUUACUGAAGGACAGAUAUUUAAAGCACAUGUACUUAAGAAACUUUAUUCUGAUACACGUCACUCUUUGUAAGAUUAAUAUCUCACUGUCAUUAAACACGAGUGAACCAC